AAGAAGAAGAAGUUGCGUUCGUAUAGUGCAAAGUGUCAGGGUUAACCACGACUGUUCUUCAACAAAAUGGACAACUCUGACGACGCAAAAAAACACGAGAGCAAUUGUACCAGCGAGACCAUGAGAUCGCCUCCUGAGAAACCGGCGUGCGACGAAAGGUUGCGACAGCAAACAGAUGAAGCUGGGAUGUCUGAAGUGUCCAAUUCACAUGUGUCUCAGCUGUCACCUACCAAUCGCGCUUCAGUGCCUGACAGCCCGGCAGUGUCGAAUGUCCGCACCGAUCCUCGGGACAACCAAGCGAUCACAGAUAGUGUGGAACCGAGACCAUCUGCAGAUUGUCACCACGUCGGAAACACUAUAGAAUCUCCAGCAAAGGAACCCGUUGAACCUUCCGGAGUGUCAGAUUUGCGGCGUUCGAUCCAACAGCUCGCUGCCAGGGAGCGCCGCUCAAGCAGCUUCGCAAAUUUCUUGGACACUUCGUCUGUCUCGCUCGCUUCGCCCAGCUGUACAGAAUCCUCUCUAACCUCGACUGCGGCUGUGACCAUUCCCUCGUUUCUCGCCAAGAUUCUGCCACCCACGGCGGAGCAAUCUACGCUCGCGUCGCCCGUCGACCAGCUGUCCGCUCAGCACCGCGAGAGGAGGCAGCCACGACUCACAGCGGGCGCGCCAGAUAUUUCACCUAGGGAGUUUUCGGCGGCGUCGACGACUCCGAGCAAGCUAACCGACUUGCACUGGCUCCCCGCUAGCGCAGAAGAGCAGCGGUCCAACGUGCGUGCGUACAUCGUCACGAUGCUUGUCGUACUCGCGCUCUGCGCUCUGCUCGUCGCACUCCUGCUCAUCGCCGUGCCUUCGGACAGCCUCCGGCCGGUAUGCGCAUCGAGCUCUUGCGCGGCACUCGAGGCCCUCUUGGCGGAGAGCGUGGACCAGACGAGAGAGCCGUGCAGCAACUUCUACGCCUACGUGUGCCACGGUUGGGGCCACUCGCAGAAUCUGUCCGUCUACCACAGCCACGUGCGGAGGUUUCUGGAAGAAGUGGGAGAGCUGCUGACAGCGUGGCCCGAGGCGCGGACCGCGGACCGAGCCGCGGUCGCCUUGUACCAGGCGUGCGCGAGCGUGCUGGUGCGUGGCGCUGAGGAGCUGGCCGCCUUUCGCGACCAGCUCAGGCUCUGCGGAGUGAGCUGGCCCGGCUUGUCUGCCCAUCCCGACGUCGUGCUCACCGCGGCCCGCGUGUACGACAACUUUCGAGUGGCGGCCUUGCUGCGUGUCCGCGCACUGUCACGCAGCGGCGCCAGCGACCUGCUCGAGGUGUCACCGGACGAAGGCUUCUUGCUCGCCUGGCAGAGAACGCGCGGACUGCUUCUGCGGGACGGCGUCUACGAGCGCCUGUUCGAAGAAACCAAAAGCAUAUACGUCGGCGACGGCGGCCUCGCGGAGGAACUCCUGCCGUACGGACAGUUCCUUGACUUGGAAAGUUCCAUUCUCGCCGACUUGGUGCACGAGGAACGCCAUCCGCAUGCGAGAAACGCCACGUUCGUAGGGACCGUCGACACUCUUGCCACGGUCACCAAGAAUAUCGGAGGCAAGCCGUGGCGCACGACUGCCAAAAAGCUGGGUCUCUCGAACAGUGCGCGAGUGCUUGUGACCGAUUUGGACUACUUAACAGCCGUCGACCAGCUUUUGCGCGUAUGGGACAAGCAGCGCCUCCAUUACUACGUGGGCUGGUGCGUCAUGCAGCAAAUGGGGCGCUACAUCGACAAAGCAUUUGCCAGCGCCUGGUACAAGUACGAGGCUGCCAGCAAAGCGGUGAGCGACUCGUCAGAGCGUAGGGCGCAGGCCUACUGCGUACUGCUCGUCGAGAACCUCGUGGGACCGCUCGCUUUCCGACGGUUUGCGCUCGUGAACGGCGACAUCGACUGGUCCUUCGUUUCCUCCACGACAGCUGCUAUCACAGUCCAGUUGGUUAAAAAAGUUACAGGGAACAGAGAUAUGCAGUAUUUACCACCAGCCGACCUGAACAUCGCAUCUUCACUAGCACAUGUUGGUAACGGCAGUAGCCACGAGGAGGCGCUGAUGGCCCUGGACAAGACCCUCGAGAAAUGGGAGAUAACAAACAACUCGUCACUCCUCAACAAUUGGAUGUACGUUGCCACGGCCGUAAACAAAGUUGACGCAUCCUUGGGAGAUCAGAUUCGUACAGCCCACGUCAGAAACCUGCUGCAGAACCAGUGGUACGACUUGUUGGACGACUUGAGCGGGACAGUCUCACUGCAGCCACUUCUCGCGACGCUUCCGGUGUACAAGAGAAACCUGAACGACGCGGCCAAAUACGGCACUGUGGGAACGCUCGUCGCCACGGCCUUGCUUCGCGUGCUCCUCGCCAAGUUCGCCGGCAAUGCGCCGGUGCGCGAAGAAGUCGCGCACAAGCUUCGCUGCUUCGCCCAGUCGGCUCAGUUCCAAAGGGACGAGCUUGAGAUCUUCCAUACCGCUGCCUCCGUGGACAUAGCCCUCGACGCGCUUCGCAGUAUGCGCAGCACAGACCGGCAGCGCCUGCACAUGUUCGAUGAGCUGCAGACGUUCUUCGUUCUCGUCUGUUACCUCCUCUGCACACCGCACGCGUCAAAGAACGUCGAGGCGGCGGAAGCCGGUUGCAACGAAGCAGUGAAGAAUAGCGCCAAUUUUCAGGCUGCCUUCAAUUGCGCUCCCGGAUCGCCCAUGAACCCUGAAACGAAAUGCAGUUUCUUCUAGAAUCCAUGCUGCCUGCAUGACAUCAAGUGUGCAUUUUUUUCCUUUCUUCGAUGCAUUUCCGAUUUCUUGCCACGUUUAGCGUCCGAUUUCAGCAAACGAACCGUAUAACGGCUGCUUAUUGUUGCUCUACAUAGACCGUAACAUUGUCCUGUGUUACUCGGCCACAAACAACCCUUGUGUGCCAUCUUAGUUUAACAGGAGCUGUUGGAACGAGACUGAUAUUGGCUCACACCAGCGGGAUUCACAACUCUUCUUCCGCCUCCAUGAAGUAGGUGUCCGUCAGUAUGCUGAACUUUUAAUUCUACAUGGAAGCGUUUAUUUUUUUUCUUGGUGCUUUUCGCAGGUGCGCAGCAGUCAUUUUAUAGUACUGUUGCAUUUUAGUUAGAGUGAGCGUGCACUAUGACCACCUUUUGUAUGGUGCUGAAGACGAGCUGUUGCCAUUU